CUCUCCCGGGCGGUGACGUGACGUGCUGACGGCGGGCCCGUGCCGGGGAGCUGGGCCGCUUUUUGUCAGCUCCGAGCUCGGCCCCUCCUCCCUCCCUCCGCCCGCCCCACCAGCCGGAGCCCGGCCCAGUGCUCCAGAGAAAGGCCGGCCUGCAGCACCCGCCACCGUCGCCGCCCGCCCGCACGCCCGUCCGGAGCUCUGACUGAUGAAAAUUAAAGGCCAUGGAUGAAGAUGGACUUGAAUUACAGCCACAAGAAUCAAACUCAUUUUUUGGUGCAACAGGAGCUGAUACAGCACACAUGGAUGGUGAUCAAAUUGUUGUGGAAGUGCAAGAAACCGUUUUUGUUUCAGAUGUUGUGGAUUCAGACAUAACUGUGCAUAACUUUGUUCCUGAUGACCCAGACUCGGUUGUAAUCCAAGAUGUUAUCGAGGACGUUGUUAUAGAAGAUGUUCAGUGCCCAGAUAUCAUGGAAGAAGCAGAUGUAUCUGAAACGGUCAUCAUUCCUGAGCAAGUGCUGGACUCAGAUGUAACUGAAGAAGUUUCUUUAGAACAUUGCACAGUCCCAGAUGAUGUUUUAGCUUCCGAUAUUACUUCAGCAUCAAUGUCUAUACCAGAACAUGUCUUGACAAGUGACUCUAUACAUGUGUCUGAUGUUGGACACGUUGAGCACGUGGUUCAUGAUAGUGUAGUUGAGGCAGAAAUCGUCACUGAUCCCCUGACAACUGACGUAGUUUCAGAAGAAGUACUGGUAGCAGAUUGUGCCUCUGAAGCAGUCAUAGAUGCCAACGGGAUCCCUGUGGACCAGCAAGAUGAUGACAAGAGCAACUGUGAGGACUACCUUAUGAUUUCCUUGGAUGAUGCUGGCAAAAUAGAACACGAUGGUUCCUCUGGAAUGACCUUGGAUGCAGAGUCGGAAAUUGAUCCUUGUAAAGUGGAUGGCACUUGCCCUGAAGUCAUCAAGGUGUACAUUUUUAAAGCUGACCCUGGAGAGGAUGACUUAGGUGGCACUGUAGACAUUGUGGAGAGUGAGCCUGAGAAUGACCAUGGAGUGGAACUGCUUGAUCAGAAUAGCGGUAUUCGUGUGCCAAGGGAAAAGAUGGUUUAUAUGACUGUCAAUGAUUCUCAACAAGAAGAUGAAGAUUUAAAUGUUGCAGAAAUUGCGGAUGAAGUUUAUAUGGAAGUGAUUGUAGGAGAAGAGGAUGCUGCUGCAGCAGCGGCGGCAGCUGCCGCACACGAACAGCAAAUCGAUGACAGUGAAAUCAAAACCUUCAUGCCAAUAGCGUGGGCAGCAGCUUACGGUAAUAAUUCUGAUGGAAUUGAAAACCGGAAUGGCACUGCAAGUGCCCUCUUGCACAUAGAUGAGUCUGCUGGGCUCGGCAGACUGGCUAAACAAAAACCAAAGAAAAGGAGAAGACCUGAUUCCAGGCAGUACCAAACAGCAAUAAUAAUUGGCCCUGAUGGACAUCCCUUGACUGUCUAUCCUUGCAUGAUCUGUGGGAAAAAGUUUAAGUCAAGAGGUUUUUUGAAAAGGCACAUGAAAAACCACCCUGAACACCUUGCCAAGAAGAAGUACCGCUGUACUGACUGUGAUUACACUACCAACAAGAAGAUAAGUUUACACAACCACCUGGAGAGCCACAAGCUCACCAGCAAGACGGAGAAGGCCAUCGAAUGCGAUGAGUGCGGGAAGCAUUUCUCUCAUGCUGGGGCUUUGUUUACUCACAAAAUGGUGCAUAAGGAAAAAGGAGCCAAUAAAAUGUACAAGUGUAAAUUUUGUGAAUAUGAAACAGCUGAACAAGGAUUAUUGAAUCGCCACCUUUUGGCCGUCCACAGCAAGAACUUUCCUCAUAUUUGCGUGGAGUGCGGUAAAGGUUUUCGUCACCCGUCAGAGCUCAAAAAGCACAUGCGAAUCCAUACCGGUGAGAAGCCCUACCAAUGCCAGUACUGCGAAUAUAGGUCUGCAGACUCUUCUAACUUGAAAACACACGUAAAAACUAAGCAUAGCAAAGAGAUGCCAUUUAAGUGUGACAUUUGUCUUCUGACUUUCUCAGAUACCAAAGAGGUGCAGCAACAUGCUCUUAUCCACCAAGAAAGCAAAACACACCAGUGUGUGCAUUGCGACCACAAGAGUUCGAACUCAAGUGAUUUGAAACGACACAUAAUUUCAGUUCACACAAAGGACUACCCCCAUAAGUGUGACAUGUGUGACAAAGGCUUUCACAGGCCUUCAGAACUCAAGAAACACGUGGCUGCCCACAAGGGUAAAAAAAUGCACCAGUGUAGACAUUGUGACUUUAAGAUUGCAGAUCCAUUUGUUCUGAGUCGCCAUAUUCUCUCGGUUCACACGAAAGAUCUUCCCUUUAGGUGUAAGAGAUGUAGAAAGGGAUUUAGGCAACAGAAUGAGCUUAAAAAGCAUAUGAAGACACACAGUGGCAGGAAAGUGUAUCAGUGUGAAUACUGUGAGUAUAGCACGACAGAUGCCUCGGGCUUUAAACGACAUGUUAUUUCCAUUCAUACGAAAGACUACCCUCACCGUUGUGAGUACUGCAAGAAAGGGUUCCGGAGACCUUCAGAGAAGAACCAGCACAUAAUGCGGCAUCAUAAAGAAGUGGGCCUGCCCUAAUAAUACUUCUACAGACAUUUGUGGAGAUGUUGGCCUUGAAGCAGAAAAUUCAUUGUAAAGCCAAUCAGUCUCAUUCACAUACAAUACUGUAUAUUGAUUUAUGCUGUGUACAAAUAGAAUAUUGCUUCUAGUUGACUUUUUUUUUUUUUUUUUUUACGUUUUGUUCAAUAGUGUGUUCUGAAUUCUAUUCAGUUUGUUUAAUCAAUGGGGAAGAGCAGCAACAAGCAAGUUGCUUUUAAUGAAGUAAACCUUGCUUCUGUACUAAAAUUUCCUAUCUUAUUAGUUUUGUAUUUAUUUAAAUAUUUACCUUGCUUACCUUGAUGGUACUCUUCUAAGAGCAUUUAACUUAAAGUUAGGGUAACUUUAGAUUGAGUCAACAUGAUUACUUUCAGAGUAACUAUUUUUUCCCCCAUGAAUUUCUCACAAUAAAAUUUUCAGAGACAUCUACUAACAUAAAUGGGAGAUUUAGCAGUCAGGUCUAAUUAGGCUAACAUGGAAGUCAUUUACUUGUCUUGCUUAGUCUUUUCAGACCACAUGACAAUGAAAGUUUCCGUUUGAGCUUUUGCAUCCCUGGCAUUGCUGAGUAAAGAACAGUGGCUGGGUUUGUGUUUACUUUUCAUUUUGUUCAGCGGACAAAAUAUACUUUGGGGGGGCUUUCUUUGGAGUAUUUACAUCUUUUGUCAGCAUAGCAAAGUUUUAGAAAACUGAAAAAUUUUGCUUGAUCCUGUUGUAUUUUGAUUAUUUUGUCUGUGCUGCUUUGUCUUGGAAUGGUUGUGUGCUACAAAUGAGACUUAUUGGGGACUGCAUUUUGGAAUCUCCUAGAGGUAAUUCGUGGCUCUUAGGAUCUUUUGCAACUUUAUAUAUGUAAAUGUACCCUGAAUUAUGUAUAUGCACAUAUAUAUAUAUAACAUGUAUCUGUGUGUAUUGCUUAUUUUACAUAUUUAUACACACAACCCCAAGUAGUAGUUGUUUAAAAUCUAUAAUGAAAAGUAUUAAAUUUACAAUAACAUGAAAGAUGCAGGGAUGUAUGAGAGCAUUUUGUAAAUCAUGCUCUUCAGAGAGACUACUCAGGUGAAGAAUUAGAAGGAAAAUAAGGACACUAGUAUUUUUAAAGAGUAAAGGUAUUUUCUUUUAAAUAUCUUUGGUAAUUGAAAAAAUAGAUGUUAAGAUGUUUCUAGAUAGAAUGUUUUCAUACAAUUUCAGCUCCAUGCCUUUAUAUUUUUCUGAAAAGCUAAUGAGUAUCCAGACAGACCUUCCUCAGUUCUCUCUGAGAGGCCCCUGCGAGGACUCUGUGUCACCAAGCAAGGGAGACUCAGGAAGCUGCGGCUCCACGUACCAGAGACUGGGUGCUAAUUAGGAUUUACACUUUUCAAGUUCAGCCUACUCUGUUAUUUCUUAGUUAUAGCUAGGAAACUUUCAAAAACUUAACGCUCAAGUUGGCUUUGAGUAGAACAUAAGAUAAAGGUAUGUUUUAAGUGCAUGAGGAAAAUCUGAGGCCUUAUUUGGAAUGUCACCAAGUCUUUCACUGUUUUGUUCUUCUUUGAGGGUUGACUUUUUUUUUAAGCAAAUACUUCUGACUCAUAAAAUGAACGCAGUUAAUGAGAAUUUGGUUAUGUUCAGAUACACUUUGGGGAACAGAAGACAGUUUUGGGGUCCUUAAAUUGGCUGUCAGCACAUACGAGUACCUGGCACAUCGUGGGAGAUUGAGGACUUUUCUUCCCACUUGAUAGCUGCCUUGCCUCUUCAUUAUGGUGCUCCAUCCUCUUUCUCUUUCAUCUUUCUCUUUGUCGUUGAUAACUGUAUUCAAGAGUUUGUAGGGUUAGAAAUCUAAGCAUUAGGUGUUUGGCAAGCCUUUGAAGUGCUGGGUUGGUUUAGUCCAGUUCUAAAUCCAGCCCUUUAAGCUGGUAUGAACUCCAGCCUGCAUGCCAGUCAGAACCAAGGCCUGGGCCUGUCCGAGUGGGGACUCCUGUGUCCUCUUGGCCUCUAUAACGUGCUUUUUAAAAAAAAGUAACUUAAAAUUGUGUGAUUUCAUUGCCCUGUAGCAGUUCUAUUCUUGAAAGCUCUGUCUGUUUUUUUGUGAGAACCUUUACAAUCUCCCUUACUUUUCGUUUUUCCCAGAUUAAUGUAAAACACUUAUAUGAAACCAGAAAUUCAUUAAUUUUAAAACAUUCUGUAAAAUUAAUACAGAAAAUAUAAAUAAUUGGUCAUCUAUAUUUUUUUAAAUAAACUGAAAGAUAAAGAACACAGCAUUUUACACACUUUAUAUUUCUCUUACAUAGUCUGGAAUCAUACACAGUUCUUUUCUUUUUAAAGCACAAUAUUGAAACCUUUAAAAGGUAUUUAAGGGUUUGGUCAAGUGAAUAUUAUAAAAUGUAUUUGUCUGUAUAAAGAGAAAAUGAAAUUGUAGUCACUUAUGUAUUGACAUUAGUUACAACCUAGUUUUAAUUCUUAAAACAAUUUUGAUUAGCAAAGCUAAAAAAAAUGGUUGUUUCAGUUAAAUGUUUUAAAGAGGUACAGAUUUUUACAAGGACAUAAUAUAAGUUAUUGUUCUGUAGAAAUAUCCUAUUAAAUAUUGUAUGUCCCUCCCUCUGUACACUUUGUAAAAAAAGUAAAAUACAUAAAAAGAAAAUCAUAUAGGGAUGUGUGACAUUAUUGUAAUUGUGUACUUGAGAAUAACGUGCAAAAAUAAAAAUCAGAAUAUUUUCCUGUUACUGAAUGUUUAGUCUAUUUGAUACCAGUACUAAGUUAAUGCUUUUUCUUAAGGAAAAAAAUGUACAGUUUUUGUAAACCUAAUAAACAUCAAAAGCAGUGGCUUAUUUUCAUUUCCCCAUUUCUUAAUUCCCUUUAUGCAGCAGUGGAAUUCAAAAUUGAUUGCUUUGAAUUUUGUAAGUUGAAUGCAAAUGCUGAUAAUAUUUCAGCCCUGCGAAUUUGCAAGUAAUAUUUCAGAGAAGUUAAGAGGUGAUUGGUGAGUCCUUUGAUGAGCAAAUCCUUGAAAUUCUUUUUUUCUUUUAUCUUCAUGAAGGAUUUGUUUUAUUAGCAUCUCCAAUUCCUGAGAUAACUUCCCUUGCAUAAAGUGGGUUUUGAGAGCACUUAAAGUUCAUUUCAGUAUCAAUCUGUAGCACAUCGAAUCAGUGGGGACUGUCACCGCCUCCACAGCAGUAGCCCUGCCCUAAGGUGACCCCUUGGUCCCCAGUUGGAGGGCCCUGGCAGACACUAACAUACUAGAGAAUGGUCAUUGUCAUAAUAAAAAUCAGGAAGUAGGUGAAAGUGAUCAGGAUUCAAAAAAGGAUGAGAUAGAGUUGAGUCAUUGAUUUUUAAAGAUGAGAUACUGCUGAUCUUGAACUGUAGGAAUAAGUGUGUGCCUAAUAGUUGAGACAGUAAAUGAUCAAAACUGGAGUUAAAUUAUCCAGAGGACAUGGUGAAUGUCACUGUCCAGAGCCAUAAAUCAGAAAAAUCAUAGCAUGCUCAGAAACUUCGGUGCAAUACAAUGCCUGACAGAUAGCAUCAUACCAGCCUGCGAUCUCCAGGCGGUCAGAACAGGUAUUGCUCUGUUUUCUGGGAGUCUCAGUAUUAAUUUCCUGUAUUUCCCACAAAUUCUAAGAUUCAUAUAAAGAAAAGCAUGCCCAGUCAAAAUCUUAAAAGGGUGCUGUUUCAGAACAGUGGUUUUCAAUGCUGCCAAAUUCUCAGUCCCACCCCAGACUCACUGAGUCGGAAAACUAGGCUCGAGACCCAGUGAUCUUGUGUCUUAACAUGUCCUUCAAAGUGAUUCUGAUUCAUGUUCAAGUUUUGGAAACACUGUUUUAGAGCACUUGAAGAACUUCAAAGAUUAGAAACGACACACAUACACACAAAAGCCAGAAAUGAGCAGUUGAAGGUGAAAUGGGACUCACAUUUUAUUCCUUGGGUCUACCCCUUAAAGUGUGAGCCUGCCAGUCAAUAAGUAAAUCCUUUAGUUCACAAGUAAAUAGCCUGGGUUUCAUAAAUCUUGUAUGACCUCCCUAAGUUACACUCCUCAAAGGCAAUAGAACUCAGAGGAAGAUGAAGUAGAAGGGCUGAAAAGUGUGUAUGUGUUUAAUUAAUUGGCCCAGCGUUACUUAAGUAAUUCAUAUUUGAAAACCCGUUUUGCCACUUUCUGUAACUUUCGAUAAGGUCAAAAUUAAGUUUGCCCUUCUGGGUUUUGUUUUGUCUUGUGUAUAUAUUGUUUGCCUUUUUCAUAAAAUAAUUCUUGGAUUUGUUAUAUAUUGUUCUUGUUAUUUUUGAC